AUGGCAGGACUGUCAAUUCAAAUGGCAAUGAUGCCAGAAAGCGAAGAUGAUAAAAGUGUUAUUCAAAUUAACAAGUCUGACAUGCCACGCGGCCACAAAUUCAAGUUUUCUCCAGAAGAAGAUGAAACCCUUAAAAAAUUGGUUCAAACUCACGGCACAAAUAAAUGGUCCCUCAUCUCAAAGCUGUUGAAAUGCAGGACAGCAAGGCAGUGCCGUGAUAGAUGGAAUCACUACUUAUCUAACAAUUCAGAACAAAUUCCUUGGACUGAAAACGAAGAUGCAAAAUUACUUAGGCUUCAUAACGAAAUCGGUCCUAAAUGGACAAUUAUCGCAACUUAUUUCGAAGGACGCAAUUCGGUUACAAUCCGUAACAGAUGCUGCCGUUUGAUCCGUAGAAUGAACUCAAAGAAAAACAAAAAGCAUAUUGAAGCAUCAAACUCGUCAUCCGAUGAGUCUCCGAUGCCUCCAACAAUGAAUGCAAGAAUUAUUCUUCCGUCGUGCAGUUUACUCCCAUUCCCAUGGAUGUAA